AUGUCUCCUUCAAACAACUCUCUGAAAGACGCCUGGGCUGCGGUGAAGCGCCACGCCAAGGAGCACCACGACUCCGUCAACUCUGCCUAUGCCGCCUACUACGGUGCGCCGGUGCAACCUCUAGUCCACACCCCUCGUGCGCGUGCUGUAUCUCCCGAGGUCUCCAGCGAGCCCCGCCGUUCGUCGGUGGACAAGACCUGGAGCAAGGUCAAGAAGCACGUCAAGGAGCACAACCAGAGUGUCAACGCUGCCUACACAAGCUACUACGGCAUCAACACAUCGCGGACAAACACCCCCGGCACCUCUGCGCAGGCAUCGCCCCGUGUCUCGAUAGACCGCUCAUGA